CCCGGGCCGGGCGGGCACCUCAGCCAUGGCCCUGCGCAAGGAGCUGCUCAAGUCCAUCUGGUACGCCUUCACUGCUCUGGACGUGGAGAAGAGCGGCAAGGUCUCCAAGUCCCAGCUCAAGGUGCUGUCCCACAACCUGUACACGGUCCUUCACAUCCCCCACGACCCCGUGGCUCUGGAGGAGCACUUCCGGGAUGAUGACGACGGCCCUGUGUCCAGCCAGGGAUACAUGCCUUACCUCAACAAGUACAUUCUGGACAAGGUGGAAGAGGGGGCUUUCGUUAAGGAACACUUUGAUGAGCUCUGCUGGACCCUGACGGCCAAGAAGAACUACCGGGUGGACAGCAAUGGGAACAGCAUGCUCUCCAAUGAGGAUGCCUUCCGCCUCUGGUGCCUCUUCAACUUCCUGUCCGAGGACAAGUACCCUCUGAUCAUGGUUCCUGAUGAGGUGGAAUAUUUGCUGAAGAAGGUGCUCAGCAGCAUGAGCUUGGAGGUGGGCUUGGGUGAGCUGGAGGAGCUGUUGGCCCAGGAAGCCCAGGCCGCCCAGACCACUGGAGGGCUCAGCGUCUGGCAGUUCCUAGAGCUCUUCAACUCGGGGCGCUGUCUCCGAGGUGUGGGGCGGGACACCCUCAGCAUGGCCAUCCACGAAGUCUACCAGGAGCUCAUCCAAGAUGUCCUGAAGCAGGGCUACCUGUGGAAGCGAGGGCACCUGCGGAGGAACUGGGCAGAACGCUGGUUCCAGCUACAGCCCAGCUCCCUCUGCUAUUUCGGGAGUGAAGAGUGCAAGGAGAAGAGGGGUACCAUCCCGCUGGAUGCACAAUGCUGCGUGGAGGUGCUGCCAGACCGAGAGGGGAAGCGCUGCAUGUUCUGUGUGAAGACAGCCACCCGCACGUACGAGAUGAGCGCCUCAGACACGCGCCAGCGCCAGGAAUGGACAGCUGCCAUCCAGACCGCGAUCCGGCUGCAGGCCGAGGGGAAGACGUCGUUGCACAAGGACCUGAAGCAGAAGAGACGUGAGCAGCGGGAGCAGCGGGAGCGACGCCGAGCGGCCAAGGAGGAGGAGCUGCUGCGCUUGCAGCAGCUGCAGGAGGAGAAGGAGCGGAAGCUGCAGGAGCUGGAGCUGCUGCAGGAGGCGCAGAGGCAGGCCGAGCGCCUGCUUCAGGAGGAGGAGGAGCGACGCCGCAGCCAGCACCGGGAGCUGCAGCAGGCGCUGGAGGGCCAACUGCGCGAGGCGGAGCAGGCCCGGGCCUCCAUGCAGGCUGAAAUGGAACUGAAGAAGGAGGAGGCUGCCCGGCAGCGGCAGCGGAUCCAGGAGCUGGAAGAGAUGCAGCAGAGGCUCGAGGAGGCCUUGCACCUGGAGGUGAAAGCUCGGCGGGACGAGGAGGCCGUGCGCCUCGCCCAGACCAGACUGCUAGAGGAGGAGGAGGAGAAACUGAAGCAGCUGCUGCAGCUGAAGGAGGAGCAGGAGCGCUACAUCGAGCGGGCGCAGCAGGAGAAGCAAGAGCUGCAGCAGGAGAUGGCGCUGCAGAGCCGUUCCCUGCAGCAAGCCCAGCAGCAACUGGAGGAGGUGCGGCAGAACCGGCAGAGGGCCGACGAGGACGUGGAGGCUGCCCAGCGGAAGUUGCGGCAGGCCAGCACCAACGUGAAACACUGGAAUGUUCAGAUGAACCGGCUCAUGCAUCCAAUUGAGCCUGGAGAUAAGCGUCCCACCACCAGUAGCUCCUUCACAGGCUUCCAGCCGCAUCUACUUGCCCGCCGUGACUCCUCCCUAAAGCGCCUGACCCGCUGGGGAUCCCAGGGCACCCGGACCCCCUCGCCCAGCAGCGGUGAGCAGCAGAAGUCCCUCAACGGUGGGGACGAGGCGCCUAUUUCAGCUUCCACCCCUCAGGAAGAUAAACUGGACCCAGCACCAGAAAAUUAGCCUCUGUUAUCCCCUCUUCCCCCCAAACUCAUACCCACCAGAACCCAGCCACAGCUGGCCUGUGGGUGAUGCCAGCCCCCACAGAAGAGGGAGCUAAGUUCCCGCUGCCAGGAGCUCUAGCCCUCCAACCAUGACACAGUCCAGAAUGGAGCCUAGUUCAUCUUUGGCACCAGCGCUAAGCCCCUGACCGCUUAGGCUGUCUGGGAUGUUGAUCCUUGAGAACUUGACCUUGUGCCUUAACCCCAAGGACCCCGUGCCCUGGGCUGGAAAAGAGAGCAAACCAGCAAGCCAAUGGCAUGUGCCCUCAGACUGCCACCAGGUUGUGGAGGUGUAUUUCCAAAUAAAAACUGUUCUUGGAAUGAACCCUCAA